AUGAAUGAGACGGCUAUUUCGUUCGCCAAGGACUUUUUGGCUGGUGGCAUUUCCGCUGCCAUCUCCAAAACAGCCGUCGCUCCCAUCGAAAGAGUCAAGCUUCUCCUUCAGGUCCAGCAUGCCAGUAAGCAGAUCACCGUCGACAUGCAGUACAAGGGCAUCAUGGACUGCGUUGUCCGUAUUCCCAAGGAGCAGGGAUUCCUGUCCUUUUGGAGAGGUAACCUUGCCAAUGUCAUCAGAUAUUUCCCCACCCAAGCCCUCAACUUCGCCUUCAAGGACAAGUACAAGAAGAUCUUCCUUGAUGGUGUUGACAAACGCACCCAGUUCUGGAGAUACUUUGCCGGAAACUUGGCCUCUGGUGGAGCUGCUGGUGCCACCUCCCUGUGCUUUGUGUACCCUCUCGACUUCGCCCGUACCCGUCUGGCCGCUGAUGUAGGAAAGGCUGGAGCCGGAAGAGAGUUCAAUGGUUUGGGCGACUGUCUGGUGAAGAUCUCAAAGUCUGAUGGUAUUCGUGGACUGUACCAGGGAUUCAAUGUGUCCGUACAGGGCAUCAUCAUCUACAGAGCCGCUUACUUCGGCAUGUACGACACAGCCAAGGGUAUGCUCCCAGACCCCAAGAACACUAGCAUUUUGGUGAGCUGGAUGAUCGCACAGUCUGUGACCGCUGUUGCUGGUUUGACCUCAUAUCCCUUUGACACUGUCCGAAGACGUAUGAUGAUGCAAUCUGGACGUAAAGGAGCUGACAUCAUGUACACUGGCACAAUUGACUGCUGGCGUAAGAUCUUGCGUGAUGAGGGUGGCAAGGCUUUCUUCAAGGGAGCCUGGUCCAAUGUCCUCAGAGGCAUGGGUGGUGCCUUUGUACUGGUGCUGUAUGAUGAGUUGAAGAAGGUCAUGUAA